AAAUACGACCGUUCCUCCAUUCCACCACCGCCACCACCCUCAUAAUCAUCUUCAUCUUCUUCUUCUUCUUCUUCUUCGUCUCUCUCGGACAUCGCAAACCCUGAACGUAACCAUCGCAACUUCACACAUCUCUCAGAUUUAAUGGCCGCUUGCAUAGACACUUCCAGGAGAGAAAGUUGCCAGCUUUCCCGCGAUCCAAACAAGUCCCAAGGCGACGAUCUUUCGCGUAAGUUCGCGAAAUGCUGCCGGCCCAGUUUCCGUGAUAGCGUUUCCUCGAUGAUACCCAUGUGCCAGAAUCGCGGGAAAGUCGCGUCCUCGUCCUCAUCCGCGUCCGUCGAAGCCCUCGAUGCAAGGGAAGGUAAAGAUGAUUUGUGGUUUGAGAUGCAAGAAGAGGCUCUUUCCGAUGCCUGUCAAGAACCCAUCUUGUGCAAUUACUAUCAUAACUCGAUUUUGCGUCAUAACUCGUUGGGAAGUGCUCUGGCGAAUCAUCUCUCUGUUAAAUUGAGCAAUUCAAGCAUUUGUAGUAGAACCCUUUUCGAUCUUUUCAAGGGUGUCUUUGACGAUGACCCUGAAAUCAUGAGUGCUGUUGAGGCUGACUUGAGAGCAGUGAAGCAGAGGGAUCCUGCCUGCAAGACUUACAUCCAUUGCUUUCUUAACUUUAAAGGGUUUUUGGCAUUCCAAUCCCAUAGAGUGGCUCAUAAACUGUGGUCACAAAGAAGGGAGAGUCUAGCAUUCUUGUUGCAGAACAGGGUCUCCGAGGUGUUUGGAGUGGACAUCCAUCCCGGCGCAAGGAUUGGGCGGGGGAUACUGGUCGAUCAUGCCACUGGAGUGGUUGUUGGCGAGACUGCAGUGAUCGGGAACAACGUGUCCAUUUUGCAUAAUGUGACUUUGGGAGGAACUGGUAAAGUCUCCGGUGACAGGCACCCCAAGAUUGGAGAUGGGGUCUUGAUAGGCGCAGGGACUUGCAUUCUCGGGAACAUCAGUAUCGGUGAUGGAGCUAAGAUUGGUGCGGGGUCAGUUGUUUUGAAGGAUGUGCCGCCCAGACGAACUGCCGUGGGUAACCCGGCAAGGUUGAUUGGAGGGAAAGAGAACCCAAUUGGGCUCGAGAAGUUGCCCAGCUUCACCAUGGACCAAACGUCACAUAUUUCUGAAUGGUCUGACUAUGUUAUUUAGAAGACUAAUUUGUGUUUGUGGUAUUAAGAGAGAAUUGAAGUUCUCCUGUUCCCACAAAUGGCAACCACCUUGCUGUCGUAUCACUAGCAUGGAGGUUUUGUCUUGCUUGCUGCUAUUGCUUACAUGUGUUGGAGCAGAAACCAUCUACUUAGUCUUGUGUAUAUCAAUUGAGACAUGCUCGCAGGAGCUAAUAAACUGUUCCCCCUCCCAAUUAUAAUGGCACAUCGAUUGAGUUCCUAUG